AGAUUUAAUUACUUAGUUAGAAUAAAGUGUUUUGUGGCGAGUGUGACGUCAGUGCUUACGUCAUCAUGAGCUCUCGUGGGCCUCAAUGCUUCGGAUGUGAAGUCUCUUUGGCGGGAAAACAGUACCUUCUGCAGGAUUCCAACAAGUACUGCGUCAACUGUUUUGAAUCGUACUACUGCAAUCCUUGCAACACCUGUGGAAAGGUCAUUGGAACAGACUGCAGGGAUGUAACCUACAAAGACCAGCACUACCAUGAGCUCUGCUUUACCUGUUCCGUGUGCGACAACCCAUUGGCCGAUACCAGCUUUACUAACAGAGACGGGAAGUUCGUCUGCGUGUCCUGCUAUGAUGACAAGUUUGCGCCGAAGUGUCACGAGUGCGGAAAGAAAUUCAAAGCAGGCACUCGUCGCAUGGAGUAUGGCGGGCUGCAAUACCACGAAGCCUGUUUCAGAUGCGCGACCUGUGGAAGAAGCAUUGGAACCAAGAGUUUCGUGAAGAGAGAUGGAGGGGUUCAUUGCGAGAAUUGCUUCGAGUCGAACAUAGCGAGCAAGUGUGUUAAAUGUUCCAAGCCAAUCAAAACCAGUGGCGUGACGUACCGAGAUGACGCUUACCACGGUAAAUGCUUCAUCUGUGCCGGAUGUGACGUAUGCCUUGCCAACGAGAAGUUUACGUCACAUGACGACCAACCGUUCUGCUUGAAAUGUCACGUCGACAAAUUUUCGAAGAAAUGCUACAAAUGCCAGAAGCCGAUCACAGGUCUGGGAGGCGGAAAGAUGAUUUCGUUUGAAGAUCUGGGUUGGCACGUCGACUGCUUCACUUGCCGCACUUGCUCAACAGCUUUGGAAGGGCAAGGCUUCGUUAUGCUGGAGGACGACACUUUCUGCGCUGGGUGUGCCGAUGCAAUAGAAGUCAACUAAUUACGCCAUCGAUGACGUAACCACAAGCCGAAUGUCUAUUAAACUUUUUUAAUUAAUGGUGUCAUCAUAGGAAUGACGUCACCGAGAAAAAUCUUUCGCCUGAGUGUAGUUCUUUUUCAUUUCAACCGCCUUUAGCAUACCAGCACAUUGCGCUUACUGUACAUUGUCAUUUCGUUUACGUUUAAAAUUUGAAUUUUGAAAAAAUUAUCAUUUGAAAAUAUCACAGAAAAAAUGUGUUUGUUGAGGUAUUUCGAUGCAAAGUUUGGGGAUCUAAAAAUUCAAUAACUGACUUUCAUUCUCUCAAAACAAUAUUUUAACUUUCGCCCGUUUUGUGUUGAAAACCUCGAAAUUAUUUCCAUGCUUUCCGGAUACCAUUGCUAACCGGAUACCAUUGCGUGCUCACAAAACUCAACCCUACACAAGCCCGCACUUUCAUAGGUUCCACGCCAAUUCUGGGUAUGAUCAAAUUCAACGACCGUAAUUUAUAAUCAUGUAUUAACGUGUUUAUCCUGUGACCGUAAUGCUACUUUGAUUGUGAUUUCGUGAUUAGUUAAUAAGUGAAAAAAGCGUUAUUCGUUUCUUGGCGUAAAUUACUAAUUUUAUCAUAUUUGAUCAAAAUGUUUAUUCUGUGCAUACAGGAAAUAGUUAAGGCUGGCCCUGUAAACAAACGUGAAUUAUUCUAAAAGUAUGUCAUGAUUCCUCUGUAGGAAUAAGAGGCGAAAUUAGUGAAAUGUACCAAGAUGCAAGUCAAUUGAGCAGCCGACUUCUCAUCUUAAACUUCACAUUUCAUCUGGUUUGGGUAAAAAUAUUUUUGUUGCAGAACUUUUUGUUGAUUUCUAUUUUAUUCGCACGAACAUGUGGGCACUCAUUGACAACCUUCAUCAUAUUUUUCAUUUUUUGUGUACUUUUGUUUGUACCCUGACGUCACCCGUGCUAUGACGUAUUAACUUAGUGAGUUAUAUUUAUCUUUAAGAGAAAUAAAACACUGGAAAUAUA